CUUUUUCAUGCUGUUUAAAAUCUGUAAACAUUCUAAAAUCAAUGGAGCAUAUCUUAUUGUGGGGAGCAUCUUUUACUUUACCAAAUGAAGUCAUGAACAUGAUCAUAGCUGUCCUUAUGUUUUUAACUCCGUUCAUAUUACGAUAUACGGAGUAUAAUAUACUGUAUAAUAUACUAUACGUAUAAUUUUACAAGUACAGCAACUUGCUGAUUUCAACCUUUUUUAGAAGACAUGCGUUCCUUAUGCAUUUGGAUCGUCAUUGCUGGCUUUUCAUUACAAGUGUCAGAAUCUCUGGAAAUUCCGGCGACUCCCAUCGGAUUUCAGCCGUGUUAAUCGAUUUCCGGCUCCCCAGUUCACAGUAUGGAUGCAUCUACAUAGAGGGCUGCAUACAAAUCUAGAAUGAAAUCUUGAAAUGUUCAUCUGCACUUGGAGAGUUUGAGUCUAGUCUGGAGAAUUUACCAUUGAUGGGGUCUUGUUUCAGCGUUGAAGAGGAAUUCCUACAACCAAGUAAAUCGUCAAAUCGGGAAUCGGUUAGCCCUGGAUUUGCCCCAUCACUAGCCAAAGCAAAGUAUGCAACUCCGAGGAAGAUAUGUUCACCAGAAGCCAAUGAGACUAAUAGUGAAAGCAAGAGAGUUGUAAUACCCAAAAAUGUGAAGGACUUGAGACAAAGUCCUGGGAAUAGUGAUCUUGAUCUAUUCACUUAUGCAGAAAUGAAAUUGGCUACCAAAAACUUUCGACCCAAUAAAGUUCUUGGCGAAGGUGGGUUUGGCAUUGUCUAUAAAGGAGUCAUAGAUGAACAUGUCAGAGCAGGGUACAUAACCACUUGCGUUGCCAUUAAAAAACUUGAUCCUGAAGGUCAUCAGGGUGAUACAGAAUGGCUGGCAGAGGUUAACUACUUGGGCCAGCUUCGACAUCCGAAUUUGGUGAAGCUCAUAGGGUACUGCUGUGAGGAUGAGCACAGGCUAUUAGUUUAUGAAUACAUGGCAUCUGGCAGCCUGGAGAUACACCUGUUUCCUAGAGUGUCUACUACACUAGCAUGGUCGAGGAGAAUGAGGAUUGCAUUGGAUGUUGCCAGAGGGCUUGCUUUUCUUCAUGGAGCAGAUAGGCCUGUCAUCUAUAGGGAUUUCAAAACUUCAAACAUUCUAUUGGAUGAGGAAUUCAAUGCAAAGCUUUCUGACUUCGGACUUGCAAAAGAUGGACCCAUGGGAGAUCAAACUCAUGUAUCAACUCGAGUUAUGGGUACUUAUGGUUAUGCAGCUCCUGAGUAUGUCAUGACCGGGCAUUUAACGGCACGAAGCGAUGUCUAUGGGUUUGGGGUUGUGUUGCUUGAGAUGCUAUUAGGGAGGAGAGCAAUGGACAAAAGCAGGCCAAGCCGAGAGCAUAAUCUCGUCGAAUGGGCCCGCCCUCUCCUAACCCACACCAAGAAGCUCUUCAGGAUAUUAGACCCGAGAAUGGAGGGACAAUACUCGAGCAAGACAGCAGUGAAGGUGGCGAACCUGGCAUACCAAUGUCUCAGUCAGAACCCAAAGGGUAGACCAGUGAUGAGUCAAGUCGUGGAAAUACUUGAAGCCCUUCAACCACAAGAAAACGGCUCAGAAGCGAUUCUUCAGAGCAGUGGCGGCACUGUCACCCUCUAUGAAGUGCAGAAAGAUUCAUGUGAGAAUGAGGGACACUAGUUUAAGUGUGGUAGUGAAAGAAAGGAUGAGGUGCACAUUCUUGUAGGCCAAUGGAAGAAGCAAGAGUGGGACCCCAGAUUGUGGUGAUCUAUAUAGGCUAUUUUGCUGGUGCAUGAGCUUGAUGAGGGAUGUUACCAACUAUUUUGUUCAAUACUACUGUUGAAGCAAAGCUGAAUCUUGAAAAAACAAAGAACAGAAAACAAUGUUGAAAUUUUGUACAAAAUGUGGAACAAUUGCUUCUCCAUCGUGUUAUUCUUUUCUCCUCGUUGGAGCUUCUUGGGGUAUAAUUACUUUUCGUUUACAUCC